AUGGCGGAUAGGAGUAGUUCUGAUCGAUCUGAUUCGUUCACUGAGAGUCAGCUUGAAGCUUAUAAUUUGCGGGCCCGUUUUGUUAACCGCAUCCCGGUUAUGUGUCUGCCAAGGAACAAGAAUACUACUCGUAUAGAGAAAUCAAAAUUCUUGGUUCCUUCAACUAUGAUGUACGCUGAGUUCAAGUAUAUUUUGCAAAAACACCUCGUCUCCCAGAACGCCAAGGACACAAAUUAUGUUGCGAAGAAUGCCACUAUUUUCCUAUAUGUGGGUGAUAUAGUGCCAGUUUCUCAAACGGCUAUUGGAGAAUUGUAUCGAAAAUACGGUUCAGACGGUAUCCUCUAUAUGACCUACGCUAACGAGAAUACCUUGGGCUGA